ACUUCUGUGCCUGUGCACAUAGAUGUGCUGCUCCUAGCGCCCGCACCCUGCAAGCACAGCUGUCACCCUCCAACCUCUGCGCCUCUCCUCCGCUCCUCCCGCUCAGUCGCAGUUAUCCUUGCAGGACAGAGAGGGCAGCUGCCUGUUCGCUGACUACAGCAUACGAAGGAGUUUUUCACCCGCUCUCAUCACCCGCUGACAGUCAGUGUUUGUUCACAAGACGAGCGGCUGGACGCGUUUUCGAGCCGCUGGGGGCUGCCUUGAAUCCCGGUGAUGAGGUUGGUGGCGCACAGCCGACACAGCAUUAAAGGAACUCCUCUGUGUCUGAAGAAUCCGCCCCAAUAAAGGGACAAGAGCCGAGGGAAGAGCAGCUGGACCUGGUGUCUGCUGGGGCGCUACCAUUCUUCCAAGAAUGCAUCUCUUCAGUGCCAUGUUCCUGCUCGUCAUGUUUGCUGACAUGCCCAGCGAGGCUCUUUACCCGAGCCCAGAAGAAGGCUGGCAGAUCUACAGUUCAGCACAAGACGCAGAUGGGAAGUGUAUCUGCACCGUGGUCGCACCAGCCCAGAACAUGUGUAACCGCGACCCACGCAGCAGACAGCUUCGCCAGCUCAUGGAGAAGGUUCAGAACAUCAGCCAGUCCAUGGAGGUGCUGGACCUGCGGACCUACAGAGAUCUGGAGUACGUAAAGAACACCGAGAGCCUAAUGAAAGUGGUGGACGGGAAGCUGAAAGUAGCCUCUGAAAACCCCCGCAGCCUAAAUCCAAAGGGCUUUCAGGAGUUAAAGGAUAAAGUGGCCCAGCUGCUUCCCCUCCUGCCAGUCCUGGAUCAGUACAAAAAUGAUGCCAAGAUGAUCCUACGUCUCCGGGAAGAGGUGAGGAACCUGUCAUUGGUGCUCAUGACCAUCCAGGAGGAGAUGGGGGCCUAUGACUAUGAGGAGCUGCGCCAGAGAGUCCUGCUGCUGGAGACCAGACUCCACUCCUGCAUGCAGAAACUAGGUUGCGGGAAGCUCACAGGCGUCAGUAAUCCCAUCACUGUGCGUGCAUCGGGCUCAAGAUUCGGCUGUUGGAUGACAGAUACUAUGAUACCCAGCUCAGACAACAGAGUGUGGUACGUUGAUGGCUACUUCAAGGGGCGUCGUGUUCUGGAAUAUCGCACCAUGAACGAUUUUGUGAAAGGCCAGAACUUUGUGCAGCAUUCGCUCCAACAUCCUUGGGCUGGCACUGGCCAUGUGGUCUACAACGGCUCCCUGUACUACAACAAAUACCAGAGCAACAUUAUCGUCAAGUACCACUUCCGCUCUCGAAGCGUCCUGGUGCAGCGCAGUCUGAGCGGUGCCGGAUAUAACAACACCUUCCCUUACUCCUGGGGCGGCUACUCUGACAUUGACCUGAUGGCGGAUGAGAAUGGUCUUUGGGCUGUUUACACCACCAUAUCAAAUGCUGGGAACAUUGUCAUUAGUCGCUUAGAGCCCCAGACUCUGGAGGUCCUGCAGACAUGGGACACAGGUUACCCAAAGCGCAGUGCUGGAGAGUCUUUUAUGAUCUGCGGCACGCUCUAUGUCACCAACUCUCAUCUUGCUGGUGCUAAGAUCUACUUUGCCUAUUACACUAACACAUCAAGCUAUGAGUACACAGACAUCCCAUUCCACAAUCAGUACUCCCACAUCUCCAUGAUGGACUAUAACCCCAGGGAAAGAAUGCUUUAUACCUGGAACAACGGACACCAGGUGCUUUACCACGUCACACUCUUCCAGGUUAUAAAGACAUCUGGAGACUGAGGGUCCAAGGUGCUGACCCAAACAAGCUGUGAUAAAUGUUCAUAAGAGACAAAAGGGGCCGGGUGGAGGGGGGUUAUGGAAUAUUUGGGCUGGGGGCUUCAAAGUACAGACGCAGGCUUGGGUUUUUUUAAAAGAAUUUCAAUCUUCAUAGAGUGCUAUUAUUCACAUUCUCAGAACACUCCGACUGUGGAGUCGCUAAAGACACAAAGACUGAGCGCAUCUUUUUUUCUGUCUGUGAUGAGUAAGCAUGUGGUUUUUUUUUUAUUUUUGAUGACAAAUAAACAUCUUAUUUACCAUUUA